GCGCAUACCUGCUCGCCAUUUCUGCUUCACAAAGACGAUAAAUUUUAUCCUGAAUCAGCAUUUUAGAGAGAAGAUCAGCCAAUUCUAAUCUGAUUGGUCUGAAAAGCAUGAUGGCGGACACAGAGGAGAAUAAUGCACCUGUUGAAAAUGGUAUGGACGUUGGACCUGUAAAGAUUCAUAAUGGAGAUGGCCACAAGGACAAGGUUGCAAAUCAUCACAAGUCAGGCAGCCACAGAGAAAAGAGUAGCAGCUCGUCAAAGCACAGCAGCUCAAAGCCCAAGGACGGUUCCAGCAGUCACAACUCCUCAUCUCACAAGAGCAGCAGCUCGAAGCAUCGAGAUGGUGAGCGUCACAAAGACGGAUCAUCAAAACAUUCAUCUAGUUCUUCUUCGAAGUUAAAAGAGGGCAGUAGCAGUGACAGAAAGUCUUCGAGUCAUUCGUCCUCGGACAAACACCGCGACUCCUCGUCCUCGAAACAUAAGGAGCAUUCCAAAUCGAGUUCGUCUAGUUCCUCAUCCAGGCCUAAAGAGGGCUCUAGCAGUAUCUCAAAGCAUAGUUCAGAGCAUCGUGACAAGGACAAGCACAAGUCCUCGUCGUCUUCAUCCAAAGACAAGGACAGGUCUUCGUCCUCUUCAAGACAUUCAAGUUCCAGACCAAAAGAAGGCUCCUCAUCUAAGUCAAAAGAGGGGUCGUCGAAUUCCAGCUUGGAAAGAAAGUCGAGGGAAGACGCUCCCAAGAAACCACAAAUGACAAUCAAAGUUGAGUCUGUGCCAGUGAAGUCCGAGUCCAUGGACACAUCACCUGUGAAGAAGGAACCAUUGUCGCCUAGGAAACACUCACCAGUCAAAGUCAAGUAUGAGGCCGCGGUGGAAAGUGAGGAUGACGUCCCCUUGAGUGCCAGGAAGAAGAAGGUUGAGGUUAAAAAGGAGAAGAAGCGCCAAGUGGAGGAUUCUGAUGAUGAACCCCUUGAUCAGAGAGCAAAGAAAAGCAAGAAGACGCCAGAUGUGAAAAGGUCUGUGAAGAAACGCGAGGCUGAUUACGAUGAUGAUGACAUGCCUCUAAAGAAAAAAGCUAAGGUCACCCCCCACAAGACCCCUAACAAGACACCGGUUAAGCAGGAGGGUGGCAAGAAGCGAGUGAAGAAAGAAGGGGAACAGGAUGAAGUUUGGAAAUGGUGGGAGGAGGAACGUCGAGGGGAUGGUGUCAAGUGGAACUUCUUGGAACACAAGGGGCCGAUCUUUGCUCCUGAUUAUGAACCAUUGCCCUCUAAUGUCCAUUUCUAUUACGACGGCAAGAAGAUGAGGUUGUGUCCAGAAGCAGAAGAGGUGGCUACUUUCUAUGGCAGGAUGUUGGAUAAUGACUACACGACGAAGGACGUAUUCAAUAAAAACUUCUUCACAGAUUGGAGAAAGAUGAUGAAGGAAGAUGAGAAGAAGAUAAUCACAGAUCUGAAGAAGUGCAACUUCAGAGAAAUAGACGCUCAUUUCAAACAGAAGUCAGAAGAAAGAAAGGCUAUGAGUAAAGAGGAGAAAAAGGCCAUCAAAGAGGAAAAUGAACGACUUCUUGAAGAGUACGGUUUCUGUUCGUUUGACGGACACCGGGAAAAGAUCGGCAACUUCAGGAUUGAACCGCCAGGCCUUUUCCGUGGACGUGGUGAUCAUCCCAAACAAGGCAUGUUGAAGCGGAGGACUGUGCCAGAAGAUGUCAUCAUCAAUUGUAGCAAAAACUCGGAUAUUCCUGUCGCUCCUGCAGGUCACAGGUGGAAGGAAGUUCGACAUGACAAUACCGUGACAUGGCUGUGCAGUUGGAACGAGAACAUCCAGGGAGCAAUCAAGUACAUCAUGUUGAACGCAAACUCUAGAAUAAAGGGUGAGAAGGAUUGGAUGAAAUACGAAACUGCCCGACGCCUCCAUAAAUGCGUUGACAAGAUCCGAGCACAGUAUCGAGAGGACUGGAAGUCCAAGGAGAUGAGAAUCAGACAAAGGGCUGUGGCUCUCUAUUUUAUUGAUAAGCUUGCGUUGAGGGCUGGUAACGAGAAAGAGGAGGGAGAGAGUGCAGAUACCGUUGGUUGCUGCUCGUUGCGCGUGGAACAUCUCUCGCUGCACGAACAUAAAAACGGGAAGGACUACGUCGUCGAGUUCGACUUCCUCGGUAAGGAUUCCAUUCGAUACCAGAACGCGGUCGCGGUCGAGAAACGUGUCUUCAAGAAUCUACAGAUGUUUACUGAUCAAAAGGCUGGGGAGGACGAUGUUUUUGAUCGAUUAAAUACCUCCAUUCUAAACAAGUACCUCCAUGAGCUGAUGGAUGGACUCACUGCCAAGGUGUUCAGGACGUACAAUGCCUCGAGAACGUUACAGGAGCAACUUGAUCUCCUCACUCAAGAAGAAGAUCUUGUUCCCGCCAAACUAUUGUCGUACAACAGAGCCAAUAGGGCGGUAGCUGUGUUGUGUAACCAUCAGAGGGCAGUGCCGAAAAACUUCUCAAAACAGAUGGAGAAUCUCCAAAUUAAGAUUGAUGCCAAGCUUGAUACAAUCAAGGAAGCUAAGAGGAAUGUCAAACAAGCAAAGGUUGACUUCAAGAACUGCAAGAAUGAGAAAAAUAAGAGCAACUACGACCGCAAGAAGAAACAGCUUGAGCGCCUCGAAGAACAGCUGACAAAACUCGAAGUGCUACAGACUGACAAGGACGAGAACAAGGAGAUUGCCCUGGGAACGUCCAAGCUCAAUUAUCUGGAUCCCAGGAUCAGCGUGGCGUGGUGCAAGAAAUGGGAGGUGCCCAUCGAAAAGAUCUACAACAAAACUCAGCGAGACAAGUUCAAGUGGGCCAUUAACAUGGUGGGACCAGAGUUUGUGUUUUAACCCAGGCCACUUUGUAGGAAAUUAUUUUCAUUGCAAGAUUUCAUGGAGAAGAGCAUGAAUUUUACUUCGAUUUUCAAAAUGUGGCUGGAUAUUUUCUAAUACGGUCAUGGAAAAAACGAGGAUGAAUUUUACAUCGAGUGUGGCAUGAUGUUCAAAUAUAACGAAUACAAUGAAUUUUACAUGGAUUUUCAAAUGUGGACAGAUAUUCUUACAGAUCAUGUGUGAAAAUUGCGAUAUAUGACUUUUCAGGGUUCAUGCAGUUAUAAAAAUGUUCACGUGUAACAUGAGUUCAAAUUGUAGUGCACGUGAAAAUAGUCUUUGAAGAAUGGCUAAAUCUCAUCUCAUGCAAAUGUGGAGUUGUUAUCACUCUAAAAAGAUGAAAUCUCAGUAGAAUUUUCUUAGCAUUCACAACCAGUGUUUUCCUUGGCUUCUGAUGUUUUUCUCGCAGAUGCAAAUUUUGUUGUUUGAUACGAGUCGGCCCAUAAAUGGUGCUGUCAUAAACGCGUCGGCUUGCAGAGCAACAGUCGGGGAUGACACUGUACAAGUGACAUGACUGAGUACACUAAUGUAUCGGUGAUGUUACAAUGUCUCCAAAUGUAUGCUUUGAAAUCUUUGUCACAAUAACAUUGAAACUUCUUUACGUCAGUCUGCUAAGUUGGGUUUGCAUAGUAAAUUCGUUAUACUGGAUUAACCAACUAAAUGAAUUUGUUCAAGAAUUCCUUGUACGUAUUUGCUGGUUCUGAAAACCUGUUACUUAUGGAUUGUUUAGUGUCUGCUCUUCAGUGGUUAAAAAUGAACACUUUUUCUGGAAAAUGCAAAAAUGUAUUGGUGAUUGCCAUUAUGUUAUUCAUUGGUCACACUCUGUUGUAUUUGUAGAAUGCAAAUGAAGAUAUAGGCCUCUCAAUCACAUCAUUUCAGACACACCUUGCCUCUUCUGAAAUAGGGCAUAUUUUACUGUGAUUCCAUCAACGCCACAACUGUCAUUUUUGGAAUGCUGAUAUCUGAUGCCAAUGUUUUCGUUGGUAAUUUUGACCCCCUAUUUGGUCGCACUCAUUGUUAAAAGGUGUGUAUUUAGUGUGAUUGAGAGCCUGAUAGUCAAAAAAGUGUAGUUAGUUUUAUUGUUCAAAGAUGUCAAGUUGCUUCAUGAAUUUUCACGGUUGCGAAUUUUCCAUUCCAUUCCACUUAAAAUUGUCGCCAAGUGGGGAAAUAGUUAGCGAUAAAAGUGAAACGUGGUUUAAACUGCAGCAAAAUAGAUAUCAAUUGGGAUCUCAAAUCUGAUGCUGAUCUCACAAGUCCUAGCUACAUCGAGUAUGAAGGAAAGUUUCAACCCCUGAGUGUCUUGAAAUUAAGAUAAAAAUAGUUGUGAGAGGUUUCCAGAUGAUGUAUUCAAAUUCCUUUACUCUCAACAUGGUCUCACAGAUUUCGCCAAACAAUGAAAGUAGCCCUACUGGUUGCUUAUUUACUUAAAUUUCUUGUGCUUUGUCCUGUUUGGAUUAAAAUUUACAGAAAUGGAUUAAAAUUUUUAGAAAUAUUGAAGGUAUGACAUUAUAAUCUGGUUUUAUCAAUAUCAUCACCCAGUUUGUGUGGUGAACAAUUUGAGAUGAAAUUUUUUGUUAUUGGUUCAAAAAUCAAUGAUAAUUUAUCUGAUAAGUAUUUUUUUUUUUGAAAUUAGUUAUGUGUGCUUAAAUGAGCGUUUAUUAUCCCUUUAAAAGCUGGAAAUGGCCGCUGUUGGAUACGCUACUUACCUAAACUAAGGCGUUCGGACUCUCGAGUUUUGUGUUACAACGAAGUCUAUAUUGUUUGAGGAUGGCCUUGGCAUCAUUAAUGGUCAUUACAAUGUUCACUUCAGACCAGAUGAAAUCCAGUGUCGUUUUCUAUGCAUUCAAUAUUCACGAGUAGCCUUGGUAUUUUUCACUUGGAUAAAUUUUUCACGCAAGUGUAUUUGUGGUACCAAAUUCAAAUCAAAGGAUUUUAGCUGGGCUGGGGAUAUUCACACAGUCCAAUGGCAGUACGAAUAAAAGAUGAAGUUGAUGUUAAAUGCAACAUCAAUGUGCAAAUAGCUAGUGAAUUUAAACUAUGGAAGUUCUUGUGACUUUCAUGGUAGUACCUUGCAAACAAGAAAGGAUGGGCGGGCGUUAUUUUUGUUUGCAUAGGUUUAGGUAUGGACUUUUUUAUGUUCCUUCUGCUCUCGAUCAGUUUGUUACACAUUAGUUGCUGUGCUGUGCAGAAUACAUUCCCAUGGCUAAAUGUGAUGCCACGUUUGUGCCAAAAUACUUCAGUUGCUGUAUUGUGGUGUGUCAGUUCUAGCUGAUGUUUUCAUGUAAUGGGCUCACCAUGUCGCACUGCGCAAAUGGGUAAUAAUCGCUGAUGUGUGUGACAAAAAGAUAUCUUGUUUGCAGGUAAAAUUGAGCGUGAUAAUCCGUAGAUUUGAUAUCGAUCGGAGGUCAAUGCGAUCACCAAUUCUUGUUACGGCAACUGUAAACAAGUACUUGUGGAAUCUCCAAGAAAGUUGUUGGAAAACCUGUUCUCCAAUUUAAAAGAAAUUGAAUCUCUGUAUUCUUUCACUAAACGAUUUGUUCAAUGUCAGGAUUUUCCUCUAUAUGUGAAACAGCAAUUCAUGCUUAAAAAACCUCAUCGCCAGAUGAACACAACAAUAUUUGGUUAAAAGACUCCCAACCAAACAUUUUAUCUGACAUUAUUUAAAAACUCGCCUUUCCAAGGACAGGCAAGCUUGGCCAGUUGAAAGGCCUGCUCGAUUCUCGGCAAGCUAGAAAUUUGAUUCUCCAGGGUGAGGAUACUGAUAAUCGAAUGAUUUUGUUAAUGAAGUUUGGUCGGUGGUCGACGACCGUCAAAUGUACUUGAAACAUUUUGUUAGAAGUGGUACUUCGUGGUGCGAGGUGCCAUUUUAUAGUCUGUAAAUAGGAAGGUGGCUGUAUACGACCAAUUCCAUCACACCAUUAUUUAAGUGUCAGAACCAAUGCUGUAUGUUUGCUUAAAUAUUAUAUAUAUCGACAUUAUGAGAGUGGACAAAUGUAAUGUUAAUGAUAUGAAUGCCUCAGAAUAUUUUUGUGGUAACAUCCAGUAUUUUUAUGAAGAACAGCAUUUUACUAGCGGGAAAAAUUGGAAUCCCUGGUUACAGUGCACGGUAUGUCCUUCACCUCUUGUCUUAUGGUAGAAGGGGAGACGCUCUUUUCCUCCUAAAACAGAUGUAAUGACUGUUUAGCUGGUUGAUACUCAAACCCUAAAGCCCUUAUUAUGUGGAAUGUCUUUGUUAAUGUUAGUUUCUUACAAAACUUUUUUUGAAAAUUUUUCACAAGGCAGCGAAAAGUCUGAGAAAAUUAAGCUGCGGAUGGUAUCACUAUCAUGGUGCCAUCUAGUUGAGACUAUGUGGUCAUUGUGGUUGAGAAAUCUCACAAAAUUCAGGUGAAUGAGACAAACACAUCCAUACAUCAAAAUCAUUCGUCAUUUUGUGUAUAUUUUAUAUCUUUUAAAUGUACUUCGUUUCAGUCUAAGUAAGCUGGGGCGACCUGUACAUUUGUAUGGACAAUUGCACAUUAAUAUUCUAGCUGUUCCACCUCAAGCUAGUGGAGAUGAAUGUUCUGGUGUCCAAGUGUAGUACAUGUACUCACAAUAUAGUGUAUGGUUUUAUUUUGGUUGUUACACACGCCUAUGUUAAGUAUGUGGAACGAUUUUAAUAAUAUGACAUGAUAAUGAAAUA